AACACGUGAGUGCGACCACCCUCGUCACCGCGCUUUGGGAACGGAAAAAUCGGACUCGUUUCUUUUUCCUGCGAUCAGCACCGUUUCUUUUAAGGUUCACCGUGUACAGGCGGGCAUCACUUUUGUGGGGGACUGGGAUGACACUGACAUAACAACCUGCAAUAUAUAAGGCCCCAGUAUUCCCAUCCACUUUCUUCUCUCCACACAUCUUCACACAACAGCAAUGACCGUCGAAUCCUCCCAAGCCCCAGUCUCCAUCGUCAACAAGGACAUCGGAUCCCUUCCAGCUGCUUUCCCAAACUUGUCCCCUUCCAUCUUGGACCUCUUCUCGUUGUCUGGUAAGAGUGCCAUCAUCACCGGUGGUGCCAGAGGUAUUGGUUUCGUCAUCUCCGAGGCCUACUUGCAAGCCGGCUGCUCCAAGUUGGCCAUCAUCGACUACGCCGACAACGACGUGGUGUUGCAAAACUUGAGAGAAACCUUCCCUAAGGCUCACAUCACCUAUCACCACUGUGACGUCAGAAAGGCCGAACAGGUCGAGGAGGUCAUCUCCACCAUCCACGCCGACUUUGGUGUCAUCGACAUCUUCGUUGCCAACGCCGGUAUCGCCUGGACUGCUGGUCCAUUGAUCGACCAAGAAACCGACUUCGACUGGCACAACGUCAUGAACGUCGACUUGAACGGUGUCUACUACUGUGCCAAGAACAUCGGAAGAAUCUUCCGUGAACAAGGCAAGGGUUCGUUGAUCAUGACUGCCUCUAUGUCUGCCCACAUUGUUAAUGUUCCACAAUUGCAAGCUGCCUACAACGUCGCCAAGGCUGGUGUGCUUCACUUGGGUAAGUCUUUGGCCAUCGAAUGGGCUCCAUUCGCCAGAGUCAACACCGUUUCUCCUGGUUACAUUGCUACCGAAUUGUCUGACUUCGUUCCAGACGAGCUCAAGAACAGCUGGUACGCUGUCACUCCAAAGGGUAGACAAGGUUUGCCAAGAGAGUUGUGCGGUGCCUACUUGUACUUGGCCUCUGACGCUGCCACCUACACCACUGGUUCCGACAUGAGAGUCGACGGUGGUUACACUGCUGUUUAAUUGUACAUUAGCUUAUAGAUAUGAAAAUAAUAAUGAUAAUAGAAAUGGUGUAGAUGAAAUGGAAUUUCUGGCUUCCAAAUGAUUAGCCAUCAGUCUAAAGUACCGGUGUUGCUAGCGGUUUCGGAGCUACAAAUGGAACUAGUGAGCUUGUCGUGAGGGAUGCACGAUGAGAUCGCGGAAUUUCGCCGU